AUGAAGAAAAAAGUAAUUGUUCAUGAAGAAGCGAUUACGGUAGAAAGUUCAGUAACGAUCGGUGUUGCAUGUCGUUUGGGCAACGUAGAAUUGACGCGGCAGUUAUUGCUUACUGGACAUCGAUUAUUUCCAGAUGAUCGUUGUUGGUGGCCAUUACAUGAAGCUGCAUAUGGAUUGCAUUUAGAUUGUUGUAAAGUGCUUAUUGAUAGUGGACUAUGUAAUGUGAAUGCUCAAGCUCAUGAUUCCGUCACGCCGCUGAUGCUAGUUUGUCGUAGUACAGCUAGAUGUAAUGAAGCACUGAAAGUAGCGCGAUAUCUUCUUGAUAAUGGUGCAGAUCCAAAUCUAACUACUUUGGAUGAAAUGACACCAUUGAUUCAAGCCAUUAAAUCUAAGAAUAGAAGAUUAGCUUCACUUCUAAUUGAAAGAGGAGCCAAUCCACUAGCUGUGUGGUACGAUGGUUGGUCAGCGUUGCAUGAAUCUGCAAACGUUCAUGAUUUGAUUAUGAUGCGGCAGCUGAUCAAUUUAGGAGCUGAUGUAUUUGCCGUUGAUACUCACAAACAUACUCCAUUAAUGGUUGCUGUACAGGAGAAUUUUUUUGAAGGUACCAAGUUACUACUAAAAGCAGCUGCAGAACGUGCAGCUGAGCUGGCUAAUAUACCGAUAUCACAGGGACUGACCUGCGUCAUGGCAGCCGCUGAUGGUGGAUUCGUAGAUAUUCUUCGACUAUUAAUAAACUACGGUGCAAACUGUAACAUAACUCGACAUCCAAUGUGGGAUGAUGAUGACAGUCACUUGCAUCCCAUUGCGGCAGCAGCACUAAAAAAUCAUCUUGAGUGUGUAGAUCUACUAAUACCUCAUGUAAAUAAAGAAAUUUUGAAAAGAACUGAGGUUGAUCCUGUCUCAGCAGCUGCUUACAGUGGUUCAUACGAAUGCCUUUGUUUGUUAUUAGAUGCUGGCUUCUCUACUGAAGUGCCGAUGCGUUCGUGUGAACAAGUGGGGAUGAUUAUUCCUUAUUUACGCCCCAUAUUUUCGCGUCAGUAUCACACAGCAUUACGUGAAGCUGUACGGAAAGGGUUUACCUCAAUUGUUAAGAAACUUAUCGAAGCUGGUGCUAAGAUGAUAUAUGUGGAAACUUGCUUUUCACCAUUUUUAUUUUCAUUUCGAAAUCGGAUUGAUCCUGCUAUUUUGUACCUAUUUUUAGAAAACGAUGUUGAUAUCAACGCAAUGAGCGUUGAACGAUUGUGUGACGUACCAGAUGCUUUGGUAUGUGCAUUGGGUAGUUUCAAUCGUCGACAAUUGCUGCUGCUAUUGAGAUGUGGUCUUGAUCCAUCUCUAAAGAACUGGUGUAGAUGCAGAAAUGGCUACUCAUUAUUGUAUGACGUUAUGCAAACAACAUAUGUCGAAAACAUUGAUAAGUUGAUGAAAUUAUUGGUAUUGUUUUCACCUGGAAUCCCAAGUUGCUGCGAUGAAGUAGCACAGAUUGUUGGCACAUCACCUGAGGUUCCCAGUCUACUACAUUUAUGUCGUCUCACUGUGCGCAAGUUUUUUUCAACGUCCAAACUUUUACUUGGUCGAUUUCUUGAUGAUAUCGUUGUGCCAUACAACUUAAAAGAUUACAUGACUUUUCGAUUCAUUCCAGAAGACCUUUUACCAAGUUAG